AUGAACACUAUUGCAAGCUACUUUGACCUCGAUUCGUGGCAAGUUAAUGGUGGGUUAGCUCUCAGCAUUAACCGCGUUGAGCCUGAUUUCCCCAAGUGGUUUUACGUUCGGAAAGAAACACAGGAUCUCGUCAAGGUAUUCAACGAGAAUGUGCGACUUAAGCUCAACACUGUGUUUGUAAGGACGUCAGGUGUCGGGAAAAGCACGCUGGUCGUCGUGCUUGCGUUUUACAUGGCGCUGCACCUGCAGAAGCGUAUCGUCCUUUAUCGAAAGCUGAAAGGGGGAGGGUAUACGAUGUUGUAUCUGGAUCCAGAGCACGAGCAAUAUUGGCGCAAAUCAACAAAGGUGGAUAUCGCUGACUUGGAUCUUGUGGUGAAUUCGGACUUUGAGCUGUGUCUUGACGGCUUCCUGCAGAGGGAAAUUGAUAAUGAUUUGAGUAACUUUGGUCGCCUGACGAAGUUUCGGAUGCUUGCCACAUCUGUACAAUACGACAUGAAGAACGAUGAAACGGAAGUUCGGAGGAGA